UUACGGUAUCGCCUGUGUUGAUAACGUGCACUGAAAGAGUAUUUGAUAAUACAAACCGGGUUUUAGCGUUACCUUAAAGUAUAUUUAUUACACCUAAAUAACCUUUAUUUUUUAUUUAAAUCAUGACAGAAAUGUUUUCAAAUCUAUUUAGCCAAAACGACGCCCAGGCACCCCCGAGUUCCGCGGCUUUGGGUUUCGGACCGGGAAAACCUGCACCUCCGCACCCGCAGAGCGCAGCCCCGGUGCCGCCUCCGCUCUCAGGACAGCUCGGGGAUGAAGGGCCUACUGGGCGAAAACCUGGAGUCAUCAAUGAACCGUUCUACCUACUGCGAGAACUGCCUGUUGGAAACGAAUUAACGGGGAACACAAACCUGAUCACACACUACAAUCUGGAGCAUGCGUACAACAAGUUCUGUGGCAAGAAGGUGAAGGAGAAACUCAGCAACUUCUUACCUGAAUUACCAGGUAUGAUAGACAGUCCAGGAGUUCAGGAUGGAAGUUCGUUGCGAUCCCUUAUAGAGAAACCUCCAGUGUGUGGAAACUCUUUCAGCCCACUAACCGGAGCACUGCUGACAGGAUUCAGACUACACACUGGACCGCUUCCGGAGCAGUACAGACUGAUGCACAUCCAACCUCCGAAAAAGAAAAGCAAACAUAAACACAGACAUCAUCGACCUCAGGAUCCCAUACCUCCAGAAACACCAUCAGACUCCGACCCCAAGAAGAAGAAGAAAAAGAGAGACGAUGAUCCUGAGCGCAAAAAGAAAAAGAAGGACAAGAAAAAGAAAAAGAAUCGUCACAGUCCGGAUCACCCUGGUAUUACUGGCUCUCAACCCAACAGCAAUAGUCUGAGAUAGAGACACUGUAUUUUGUGUGUGUGCGUGUGCGUGUGUGUGAGAGAGUGAGAAUGUGUGCCAAUACUAUGACUGCGUACUUUUUUGUAGCUUAUGUUGAUGCAGAUACUGAUCACAGAUCAGUUGUAUUUCCAGUAUUUUCUUCAGAAUUUGAUGACUUGAAUAAAUUUUUGGUACUCUA